UUUUAAGGCCGCAUAACGAGGACUCUUGGAAUCAGACCAGACCUCGGCGCCGCGCUAUGACAUCAAUCGUCCUUCAAAUCUGGCUUUCUGAGGACGCAGCCCAUUAAUUCGAACACAGCCUUGUCCAUUCCUGACAGGAUGUGACGCAAGCAGUGCAACAGAAGCAGAGCCAGGAAGUGACCCAGAGCGGAUUACUAGCAGGAGCUGCUCGUCCAACAUGGCCGACCUCCUGCAGAAGGUGAUGGAUCACGCUGUCGCUGUGGCACGGAAAGCUGGAGAGGUGGUCCGUGAGGCGCUGAGGGGCGAGCGGGCGGUGAUGACCAAGAGUUCAGCGGUCGAUCUAGUGACUCAGACCGACCAGAAGGUGGAGCAGCUCAUCAUCCAAUCAGUGAAGGAGAAGUUCCCCGAGCACAGGUUUAUAGGGGAGGAGUCUGUGGCAGCAGGUGAGCCGUGCGUCUGGACUGAUGAUCCCACCUGGAUCAUCGACCCCAUCGAUGGAACCACCAACUUCGUUCAUGCGUGAGUUUCUCUC